GCCGGGCCGACGCCGAGGGAGGAAGGUGCUGCGCCGCUCGCUCUGCCUCGACACACCUGUUUUCAGGACACCGGCACAAAUAACCGACAACAACCAUGGUUAUCCUGAGUAAAUUGUCGACAAUCGCUCAGUCUCGAGAUGCCCGUUUCUUCGGCGCUGCUUCUUCGACAGCCUUCCUGUACUGGCUCUACAGCACCUCAAAAUCGGGGGGGAAGAGGGCCGCAGGUGACAUCUCUGCUAAUACUGACAAUGACAUUCAACAUAGGUCCCUGCACAAAGAUGAAGUGAAGUUUGUUGUCAAUGAUUCUGGCGGAGCGAGCGACAGGAAGAAAGUUCAGGUGAACAAGGAAUUCUUCAGGUCCCUGAAAGGCAUCUUGCGGAUAUUAGUGCCGGGCGUAUGGAGUCCAGAGUCGGGCUACCUUAUCUUGGUAGCUUUCUCACUUAUUGUGCGGAGCAUGUGUGACAUUUGGAUGAUUCACAAUGGAACACUUAUUGAAAGUUCAAUCAUCUCAAAGGACUUGAACCGGUUUUUAAGGUUCUUGGUAGAACUUAUGCUUGCUAUGCCUGCAAUUUCCUUGGUGAACAAUGUCCUGAAAUUUGGCCUGAACGAAUUGAAGCUGCGGUUCAGAACACGAUUGUCAAACCAUCUUUAUGAACAUUACCUCAAAGGCUUCACCUACUACAAGAUGAACAACUUGGACAGCCGAAUCAGCAAUGCCGACCAGCUCCUGACGCAGGACGUGGAGAAGUUCUGUGACUCUGUGGUGGAACUCUACUCUAACAUCAGCAAACCCAUCCUCGACAUCCUCAUCUACGUUCAGAAGUUGACGCAGGCUAUUGGCGGGCAGGUAAGGAAGGAGUCGCUUCUCGUCGUGGGCUAGGGCUGUCAGGUGCCAGGGAGAACUUUGAUGUUAGGAGAAAAAUGGAUGGAUGGAUGGGUGGGUGGGUGGAUGGGUUUGAUGGACGGAUGGAUGGAUUAGUGGGUGGGGAAUCACCGCGAGAAGAAGAACAUCGACUCCUCCUUCAAUCGCCUGGUGAAUCAUCUUCGAUCAUUUAUUUCAUUUAGAUUCAACAUGGGAUUCAUUGACAACAUCAUUGCAAAAUACCUGGCAACUUGUGUUGGAUUUUCUGUCGUGGCUUAUCCUUACCUUACACCCUCAUCACGCCUGGCUAACAGUGACUACAAGAACCGCAUGCAGGACUACUACAGAAGUGGAAGAAUGCUCGUCAAACUCGCCGAGGCCAUUGGACGGCUCGUGCUGGCCGGGCGAGAGCUGACACGACUUGCUGGUUUCACUUCCCGAGUGCAGGAGCUGCUUACGGUGCUCAAGGAUCUGAACAACGGAAAAUAUCAGCGCACAAUGCUGGAGAACAAGCAGUGCAAUGGUGUGCUUGGCAAACCUCUCAUCCCUGGAGCUGGGCAAGUCAUCAAUGAGGACAAUGUGAUUCGCUUUGAGAACGUGCCCCUUGUCACCCCCAAUGGAGACGUCCUGGUCCGAGAGCUCAACUUCGAGGUCAAAUCUGGGAUGAACGUCCUUGUCUGCGGCCCGAACGGCUGUGGCAAGUCUUCCCUCUUCAGAAUCCUGGGAGAGCUCUGGCCAGUGUUUGGAGGCACAGUAACCAAACCAAGCGCAGGCAAGCUGUUCUACAUCCCACAGCGACCCUACAUGACUUUGGGGACUCUCCGGGAUCAGGUUAUAUACCCUGACACGUAUAGUGAAAUGAUUGCACGAGGGAUCACACACGACAACCUUCGAGAGCUCCUGCAACAAGUACAGCUCACUCACAUCCUUGACCGCGAAGGAGGUUGGGACGCCGUCGCAGAUUGGAUGGAUGUCUUGUCAGGCGGAGAAAAACAGAGGAUUGCAAUGGCCCGUCUCUUUUACCACAAGCCCCAGUUUGCUAUCCUAGAUGAAUGCACAAGUGCAGUGAGUGUAGAUGUUGAGGAUGCCAUGUACCAGUACUGCAGUAAAGUGGGAAUCACUCUCUUCACAGUUUCUCACCGCAAAAGCCUGUGGAAGCAUCAUGAGUACUACUUGCACAUGGACGGGCGCGGCUCCUUCGAGUACAAGCGCAUCGAGCCAGACACACAAGAGUUUGGGUCUUGAGGACUGCCUCCGAAAGGUAGCUGGAAGGUGAUGGAGAAAGCAAGAGGAGGAGGUUGAACACCCAUUGAAUUAUAGUUUUGUAGCUAACAGCCAUUUGUGGACGUUCUGAUGGUGGGAAUCAGAGAGUAAGAAGAAAGUGCGCCAAUCCCUGAAAGCUGAAUUAUUUUAUAUGUAUUUUAAGCUUUCUUUUAUGGUAACACAAUUUUAUCAUAAAGUUAUAUUUUGAGGUAAUGUCCUUAGAAGUUGUGUUGGGAAGCAUUCAUUCUGCUUAGAAUUUAAAUUUGAUUUUCAUCUUGCAAUUUGUUAAUAUUUCUAAAUGGGAAUGUCUUGUGUUUUUGCAUCACUAUUUUUUUAUAUUUAAGCUUUAAUUUCAGAUUGCUUAUUUCUACUUAUCUUUUUCUUUAUUUCUUUCUGUUGAAUCCUGGAUGCUGUGACUUUCUUAGAUGCUGUUGCAUAGGAAAUUAUUUAAUAGUUGUAUAGAAGAUGUACAUGUUAUAUAAACCUCUAAGAACCAGAUCACAAAGGGAUCGAUGAAUGAUAUUUCCAGUGAUAUUUGUCACAGUACAGAGUAAUAGAUGAAAGUUUCCUAAUAUUGACAAUGAAUUACCACAUUACAAGGUAUUAGUGAUAUUUACAUUACCAAAAUGCUUUAGGUUAGUGACAAAAACAGUAGGAACACCAAGCAAAUGCAGAUAAUCAGUCGAAGAGGAUAAUGUUCUGAGGUUAAAGCAACCCAUUUUAGGGCAUAUAUCCUUGACAUACACUGAGUGGUAGGCUUAACCUCUGCACUAUAUGCUCUCCCAGAAAGGGAUGUCAUGUUUCAUAAUGAAUCCAGAUGAUGACUCUUUAGCUCUAACAGAGGAAACAGAAUUUGUUAAGAUAAGUCUUUGAACCAGCAAACCCUCUAGGCUGGUACAGCUGGAACCAAUCCAACCUUUACCUGACCGAGACAAUAAGGAAACUGGAAACUCUGGUUAUUUCAUCGAUGACAAAUAGUCUUCAUUGGAUUCAAGAGGUAAAGCAUAGCCAGGUUCCCAUCAGUUAGAUACUCAAAUGGAUGUCCGGCAAAGUUUGUUCUUUUUAUGCAAUAGCCUUGCCAGAGUAUAAUGUUAUUAGUUUUUAGUUUCCUGCAGACAUUUGUGUGUGGGAUAAAAAAGAUAAUGAUUAUGGUCAGUUUCAUUAUAAUAAUUAUAUAUAUUUUUGUUCAGCCUAUUUAUAUAUUUAUUCAUUGAUAGAAAUUAGAGGAAAAUUGUAUUUCGCAAAUUAUUUGAUAAGUGAUUGUUAUUGAUAGCCAUUUUAUUGAUUUUACUGCUCUGAACUAGAAAAUGAUUUUUGAUUUUUUGAUUUUUCUCUUCUCUCUUAUCUGUGAUAUUUUUUUCAAGUGAUUUGCAUUACUUGCAAAAAUAUUGAUAAUAAUAAAAAGAUGAAUAAACAAGAAUAGGUUAAUAAUUGAAUAGAUAAUGACUCCUCAUUAAAAAGACUGGGUUGACGAAAAGUGGCAGCCAUAAGUUCUGUAAUUUAUUGAAAAAAGGUGCAACAUCUGAAUAGUAACCAUUUUGAUGCAACACUAGCUCUUGAAAAUUUUUGGGAAUAUUGGCAUCGUGAUCAGUAUUGGUGAGUUAUUAUCUCAAUUAGGGAUUAUGUAAUGACAGUGGUUAUAAAAGAUGAUGUAUAAGUAUUAACAUUAUUAAAGCUUUAGAGAUUA